GUGCAGCCCAGGCUUGACCGCCACGGCUUCGCCUCCAUACAAGUAGUAGGUGGGGCCCGAUCGAAGCCCAUCUGCUCUCCCAGCUGCUUCCGCUAGGGUUUUGGCUUCCCCUCUCCUGCGCUGCUCGCGCGAUCUCGAACUAUCUGAGAUCGAGCGAGUGAAGCUUGUGGCGGGCCGUGAAGAUGGCGCUUGUGUUGUAUGCUGGCGGUGGCAACAAGAAUGCAUUUAAGGCACUCAUUGCGGCUGAAUACAGUGGCGUGAAGAUUGAAUUGGUGAAAGACUUUCAGAUGGGUGUCUCCAACAAGUCUGCUGAGUUUCUCAAGAUGAAUCCUAUUGGAAAGGUUCCUGUCCUAGAGACUCCUGAAGGACCUGUUUUUGAGAGCAAUGCCAUCGCACGAUAUGUUGCUCGUGUGAAGGCUGACAACCCGCUUUACGGAUCUUCAUUAAUGGAAUAUGCACACAUUGAGCAAUGGAUUGACUUUUCUGCGACAGAGGUUGAUGUUAACAUUGGAAAAUGGCUGUACCCGCGGCUAGGAUUCUAUCAUUAUGUCGCUGUGAGUGAGGAAGCAUCAAUUGCUGCUCUGAAGAGAGCAUUGGGUGCCCUCAAUACACACCUUGCUUCAAGCACGUACCUUGUGGGGCAUUCUGUUACUCUUGCUGAUAUUGUGAUGGCAUGCAAUCUUUACAUUGGCUUUGCACGAAUCAUGACCAAGAGUUUUACUGCUGAGUUCCCACACGUGGAGAGGUACUUUUGGACCAUGGUGAAUCAGCCAAACAUCAGGAAGGUCAUGGGUGAUGUGAAGCAGGCAGAGUCUGUCCCACCGGUUCAAAAGAGGACUGCAGCACCGAAGGAGCAAAAGCCAAAGGAAGCCAAGAAGGAAGCAAAGGAGGCUCCCAAGCCAAAGUCAGUUGAGAAACCAGAUGAGGAAGAGGAGGCACCAAAACCGAAGCCAAAGAAUCCUCUUGAUUUGCUUCCUCCGAGCAAGAUGAUCCUGGAUGACUGGAAGAAGUUAUACUCAAACACGAAAACCAACUUCCGGGAGGUUGCUAUUAAAGGUUUCUGGGAUAUGUAUGACCCAGAGGGCUACUCCCUGUGGUUCUGUGACUACAAGUACGAUGAGGAGAACACAGUGUCCUAUGUGACCCUGAACAAGGUGGGUGGAUUCCUGCAGCGAAUGGACCUGUGCCGCAAAUAUGCCUUUGGAAAGAUGUUGGUGAUAGGUUCUGAGGCACCUUUCAAAGUGAAGGGGCUUUGGCUCUUCCGUGGCACUGAGAUCCCCAAGUUUGUUUUGGAGGAGGUAUAUGACAUGGAGCUCUAUGAGUGGACCAAGGUUGAUAUCUCUGAUGAGGCACAGAAGGAGCGUGCAAGCGCCAUGAUUGAGGAUCUGGAGCCAUUUGAUGGUGAGGCAUUGCUGGAUGCGAAAUGCUUCAAAUGAGCUGUUCUCCUUACAGAAGUGAACUAGUGAAGUAGAGUGUUUCAAUCAAACAACAGUUGUGAAACAGUGUGAACGAGCGGUUUAGGUUUUGGUCCUGAAGUUCUUAAGUAGCUAUUGAUUCUGGACAAAGAAAUCUGCAGGAUUAGUUGAUAUUACCUUUACCUGAUUAUAGUGGUUAUCUCUUUGCGCUA